AGGGAAUGGGAGAGUGGGAGAGCCGGAAGAGUGGAGACAAGGAAUAUUCCAUUAGGCAAGGGCUGUCAACGCUAACACCGUAGGAUCCCCUGUUUUCCCUCAUUUGUAAGCGUGUUUUUCAAAGAAAAGUGCAAGCGGCGAAGAUGUGGAAGGCAGCAGCAGGUCAGUCUGUGAAGGUGGCAGUUGAUGAUGGAGGAGAUGACUGGGAGACUGAUCCAGACUUUGAGAACGAUGUGUCAGAAAAAGAGCAGCGAUGGGGAGCCAAGACUGUGGCCGGCUCAGGACAUCAAGAACAUAUCAACAUCCAUGACCUGCGCAGUAAGGUCUCCUCGGAGCACACCAACCUGAAGCAGAAGGAGCUGGACCUCAUGCCCAAGGCCUCGCACGGCUACGGGGGCAAAUUUGGCAUCCAGGAGGACCGCAUGGACAGUUCGGCUGUGGGACAUGACUACCAGAGCAAGCUGUCCAAACACUGCUCCCAGACAGACACCUCCAAAGGCUUUGGUGGCAAGUUUGGAGUUCAGGCUGACCGCGUUGACCAGUCUGCUGUGGGUUUCGAAUAUGCUGGGAAGACAGAAAAGCAUGCCUCACAGAAAGACUACUCCACGGGUUUUGGGGGGCGCUACGGGGUGCAGACCGAUCGGGUGGACCAGAGUGCCCUGGGCUUUGAUUACCAGGGCAAAACCGACAAACAUGAGUCCCAGAAAGACUACUCUAAAGGCUUCGGUGGAAAGUUUGGCGUGGAGACGGACAAGGUGGACAAGAGUGCUGUCGGGUUUGAGUACCAGGGGAAGACGGAGAAACACGAGUCACAGAAAGACUAUGUGAAGGGUUUCGGUGGAAAGUUUGGCGUGCAGGCUGACCGCCAGGACAAGUCGGCUCUGGGAUGGGACCAUCAGGAGAAGACGCAGCUCCACGAGUCUCAGAAAGACUACUCAAAAGGAUUUGGAGGCAAAUAUGGUGUCCAAAAGGAUAGAAUGGAUAAGAGUGCAGGGACCUUUGAGGACGUGGACAGACCGGCCUCCGGCUACCAGAAGACCAAGCCUGUAGAAGCAGCCAGUGCCAACACCGGGAGCAUUAAAGCUCGCUUUGAGAACAUCGCCAAGCAGAACGAGGAGGAGGACCGGAAGCGCGCUGAGGAGGAGCGGGCCAGGCGGCAGGCCAAGGAGAAGCAGGAGCAGGAGGAGGCGCGCAGGAACCAGGAGGAGGCAGCCAAAGCUAAGCCUCCGUCUCCCGUGCCGAGCCCCACCCCAGCUGCCCAGCCAGCGCAUGAGGAGGCCGGGCUGUAUGAUGAGCCUACACAGGACAGCGCAGAGAACGGCAACAUCUACGAGGCCGAGCCCGAGCCCGUGCCCGUGGCCAAGCCGGUGUCCGCUCCUGCUCCUGCCGCGGAGCAGACCUACGACGAGGCGCCCCAGGAGGAGCUGUACCAGAACGCGGACGAGGACUACCAGGCUGGAGGAGGUGGGGACUCCACACCCGCAGGUGGAGCAGAGGAUGCCCAGACGUAUGACUAUGGGGAGGACCUGGGCGUGACCGCUGUGGCCCUCUAUGACUACCAGGCUGCCGGCGAUGAUGAGAUUUCCUUUGACCCUGACGACAUCAUCACCAACAUCGAGAUGAUUGACGAGGGCUGGUGGAGGGGUGUGUGCCGAGGGGCCUACGGACUCUUUCCAGCCAAUUACGUGGAGGUUCGGCCCUGAGGCCACACCUCCACCCACUGGCCACGCCUUACCUGCCAAGCCCGUCUCCCUGGAGGAGAGAGGCCUUCCUUGCUCUUUUCUUAUCUCAUCCCUCUCUUUUUCCUGUCUUUCGCCGCCCCCCACCCCCCCACCCCCCCAGUCUAUCUCGGCCCAUCACAGGGCUUCUCUAAAGUGUCAAGCAUUCUCAGGACUGUCAGCUCAGCUGCGUUUCUCCCUCUCUCCGUCUUGGUUCUCCUCUGUGCUCCUCUCCUCUCCACUGCCCCCUACUGUUCAUCAGAGUCUCCCGUCUGGUUGGGAGGAGGCGGUGAAAGCACCGUGUGUAGCAGCGAGGAGAGGGGGGGUUCCUGUAACAAGCCUCCCCGUGGCUCCUAACACAGAAGAACGGACGAGCGCUCUGCAUACUAUGUACUCCACUAGGCUAUCCUCAUUUAGUGCUCUCUCUCGCGCGUAAUCAAGCCUCAUGCUUUAGAAAGACCACCCUUUGUUUCCGUCUCGCCAGAUUAGGCCUGGUGUGUUAGAAAGGCUUAAACGAAAAGCCCCUCUGGAGGAUUGACCUCACCUCACAAGCCAUGUAGAGGUUUUUAGGAUCACCAAAGAUGAGGGAACUAUUUUAUCUUGCAGUAAAAAAAAGAAAAAACGCUCCAUUUGGGUGAAACCUUUAGUGGACUCUCUUCCUUCUAAAGUGUUUCACUUGCGCUUCUAGUAUUCACACAGAGACUUGCUUCACUUGGAAUCCAUGGUUAUCGUAGCUUGUAACUUUUUCAGCUGCUCUAAUUAUUUUUCUUUCUUUCUUUUUUUUAUUUGUAUUGGGUAUGCGGUAACUCAUGUAUUUGCCAUGAUGAGAAAAAAAAAAGAAAAAAGAAAAAAAAAGAUUUCCUUGCUAAGAACAGUCUCUCCAUCUAGACUCACUUGUGCGGUGUAUGACGCAACAUUAACGACACUGCUCAUCAGCCCGGAACAAACAUCAGGCUGAAAAAAGAAAAAAAAAAACCUUGACUUGCUAGCUGCGGUCCAAUAAUGUGUUGAGCUGGAAUCUAAAGACUGUUUAGAAUAUAUAUGAGAGGAUUACAGUGUUUUUAAAGUAAAUAUAUUGAGGAGAGGGCAAAAUCCUUCUAUGUCCUAUAGCGUCACGUGUAGAGGAUGUCUGUGUAUGUGUUCCAUAGGCAUGCCCUGCUGUCUUUAAGUGUCUUGUUCUGUUGUUCCACUUUGAGUAUGGGAUUCGGUGAUGCUUAGAUGCUCUCCACCACUGACCAACACAUUUUAAUCAAGCAGAAGAAUGAUUGAUUUGAGGUUCUGUGUUUCUGUGAGAUUCUAAACAUUGACACUGUGUGAUGCUUCUUAAUUUUAACCAAUGAUGACAAUCCCAUCCUGUUGCCAUGGGAAUCGUUUUGGCUUUCGAGUCUGUAGACUAAAGUGAAUGAGUGAUAAAUGACUUCAUCGGGUUGGGGUUUUAUAAUAAAGUGACCUUUACAAAUA